AAUCGGCUCAGCCACUACUUCCAAGCGACCACUUUCAUCUCGAAAUUCACAUUCAUGCUUCGCAGACAAACACGCGAGCGUCGCCAAUACGUUUAUGCCAAGUCUGUGGAGGCUCAGGAGAGGCAUGUAUACGAAAAGAAGCAGCAGAUAAAGCAGGCUUUGGCUUCGGGUAAAUCAGUGCCCACAGAGCUGACAAAAGACGCAAAAACACUUGGGAAAGAUCUCGCUUUUGACUACGCGCAAGUAGAACCUAGUACCCAUAUAGAUAGUGAAUACUCCCAUGUCGGCAUAAGAGAUCCAAAAAUUGUCAUUACGACGUCCAGAGAUCCAAGCUCAAAACUCCUACAAUUUGCAAAAGAAAUACGACUAGUAUUCCCCAACUCCAGUCGAAUCAAUCGAGGAAAUUAUGUGAUGAAAGACUUGGCCGAGGCAUGUAGAGCUAACAAUAUUACCGACCUCAUCGUUUUGCAUGAACAUCGAGGUGUUCCAGAUGCCAUGAUCGUUUCGCAUUUCCCGUACGGGCCUACCGUAUAUUUCACACUACAUGGCGUUUCCCUCAGACACGAUAUAGCGACAUUCAAAUCAUCAACUGUUUCAGAGCAGUAUCCACAUCUAAUAUUCGAAAAGUUCGACUCCAAACUAGGGAAGCGGAUACAAGACGUGCUGAAAUAUCUAUUCCCCGUUGCUAAAGAAGAUAGUAAGAGAGUGAUGACAUUUUCAAAUGAAGACGACUGCAUCUCAUUUCGGCACCACGUUUUUGCAAAGAUCCCACGUGAAGUUCAGUUGGCUGAAGUUGGGCCAAGGUUCGAAAUGAAACCGUACGAAAUACGGCAGGGAACUCUCGAGCAGUCUGAAGCAGAACGAGAAUGGGUUCUGUCGCAUUAUACUCGAACCGCAAAAAAACGGAGUCUACUAUCAUGAUCCUUUCACUCUUUGUUAUACGACUGUUACUUUUGCAGCGUAUAUGCUCUGGAUUUCAUCUCACGGAGUACAAGUAUUGUAUUGUCGAUGGAGUAGAGCCACCCCUAUUCAUCGACUCUGAUCUGAUCUAUUGUAGCUGUCAGGCCUUGAGGAUAAUGUAGUUGUGGUUUGUUAUCCGACCAAAAAAUUCUGGUGCAUCAUGGUUUCCUUGUAACCCAUACACAUAUUGCUCGAUUGUGUUUAGAUAUUUUACUU